UCGUUGCAUAUAACCAACUCUAAUUUAAAAAAUAAAAUAAAAGUUGGUCCCACCAUCGUAACAUAUUUUGCUUAAGACUGAGUUGAGAACAGAGAGGAGAGUAGCGGAGAGAAAGAGAGGCAGUGUCAAUGGCGGCAAGCUCAGCUACCGCCGCAGAGAGCGACGCAAUGGAAGCUGCAGCUCUAGUAGGCGACGCCGUCAGGGGAUGCGUUGACUUCAAAGGUCGACGCGUUCUCCGCUUCAAGUCUGGAUGCUGGAGAUCCGCUUCCUUCAUCAUAGGAGUUGAAAUGGCGGAGAGGUUUGCUUAUUAUGGAAUCAGUUCGAAUCUGGUCAGCUAUCUGACCGGUCCGCUGGGCCAAUCCACGGCGGCGGCGGCGGCGAACGUGAACGCGUGGGCCGGUACGGCGUCGAUCUCGCCGUUGCUAGGCGCUUUCGUCGCCGAUUCGUUUCUCGGGAGAUAUUGGACGAUUAUCGUCGCCUCCCUGCUUUACAUCUUGGGGCUUGGCUCACUGUCUGUAUCAGCAGCUCUCAAUCCAUCUGAUUCCUCAUCUCCUCCCUUGAUUCAUGUGAUCUUCUUCUUCUUCGCAUUGUAUUUAGUCGCAUUUGCAGUAGGCGGCCACAAGCCUUGCUUGCAGGCGUUCGGAGCUGACCAGUUUGAUGAUGAGAAUGGGAAAGAGCUCCAGUCAAAGAGCUCAUUCUUCAAUUGGUGGAAUUUUUGCUUGUGUAUUAGUGUUGUGUUAGGUCUAUUAGUCUUGACCUACAUUCAAGAUAACCUGAGUUGGGAACUCGGCUUUGGAAUCCCCUGCAUUGUCAUGUGUUUCGCGCUAUUUGUCUUCUUGCUUGGAAUCGUGACAUACAGAUUCCAGGUGAAGAGUGAUGAUGGGAGGAAUCCGUUUGUGCGGAUCACUCGUGUUUUCGUGUUAGCUAUGAAAAACCAGCAUGCUGUUGCACCAGUAGACAUGGCAGCUGUGGAGGAGGAGGGAGCUCACUUCAGAUUUCUUGAUAAAGCAUCACUAGAGCAUAGUGGCGAGGAAGUUUGCAGCAUGAGUGAUGUCGAAGAUGCAAAGUCAAUUCUAAAGCUUCUCCCAAUAUGUUUAGCAUGUUUGCCUUUUGCCAUUGUGUACUCACAAUCCACAACUCUCUUCACCAAGCAAGGAGCCACGAUGGACCGUCACAUCACUAGUGAUUUCCAGAUCCCAGCUGCCGCCCUUCAGGCCUUCACACCCGGCUCCAUCAUCCUCUUCGUCCCAUUCUAUGAACACGUCCUAAACCCCAUAGCUAGAGCCAUAAGCCACAAACCAAUCGGUAUAUCACUGCUCCAGAGAAUCGGAACCGGCCUAGUUCUUGGCAUAGUUUGUAUGGUCGUUGCAGGCUUCACUGCAAGGAGACGUUUGGAAAUAUCUCUUGAACAUGGGCUGCUCGACUUGCCUGCGGAGACUGUGCCGAUGAGUAUAUGGUGGCUGGCGCCUCAGUACUUGGUUAUGGGGGUUGCUGAUGUAUUGACCUUCGUUGGCCUUCAGGAAUUCUUCUAUGAUCAAGUUCCUGGCGAGUUGAAAAGCAUGGGGCUUGCUCUGUCAUUUGGUGUGGCCGGUGUUGGUGGUUUCUUGAGCAGUUUCUUGGUAUCCGUCGUGGACAGGGCCACGAGUGGGCAUGACCGGGAUAGUUGGCUGUCGGAUAACUUGAACCGAGCUCAUCUUGACUACUUCUAUUGGCUCCUGGCUGGGCUUAAUGCCUUGUCUGUUGUGUUAUAUAUCUACUUUGCUAAGUCUUAUGAUUAUAGUAAAAGGAUCACUGUCUGAAAUUACAGAGGUUUCUUAUUAUUAUUCCUUCCAUGUGAAAUCACAUGUUUCAAUAAAAUCUUCUCAUUCAAAUCCA